CGAUAAUGAAAUGCCCCAUCGCGACCUAGGAGAUCCACAAAGAGCAUAUUACUCUUGGGUAUGUCAACAACAGACCCAGGAAAGGAACAAUUCAAAGUGAAGCUAUAAUUGUCAGACAUCCAAGAGAGCUGUCCCACUCCGACCUAGCAUGACCUACGUCAAUACACAAAUGUAUCCUAGGGUAUUCCGUUAUCCUUUCACGACAAUGGGCUGCAAUAUUCGGCCCUAUAAGGGCUUCAACUCUACAUGUCGUUGCCUGAGAAAGGAAGACACUUAUACAACCCUGAUUUUCCUUACCGGGAGGACUUUGAGUACCUUCCUUGUCAUACGCCGUAUGAAGACUGGCCGAGCAACUCGAGGUGACUUCGCCAUAAUACAAAGCUACUGGGGCCAGGUGACCUCGCCCAUCCAAUUUUUUGCUGCCUUGGAGCGGAAAUUUGUCCAAACCCUGACCGGCAUAGAGCGACUACGCGACAUCAUGGCGACGAGACCAACCGUAGCCGACAAGACUGGCGCUAAACCUCUAGUUUUCCGAUCUGGUUUGAUUGAAUUCAAAGGCGUGGCGUUUCGCUACAACGACAACAGCGCAAAGAAGAUACUGAAGGGCGUCAGCUUUUCUGUUCAGCCAGGCACUACGAUCGGCAUCGUCGGUGCGACCGGCUCAGGCAAGUCAACAAUACUAAACCUUCUUAGCCGGUUUUACGACGUCACAGAGGGCUCCGUCUUAAUUGAUGGACAGGAUAUACGAGAUGUCACUCUAUCUAGGUAUUUCCAAACUGGUAUGCUUGGUGUGCCUAUUGUGAGACCGCAAAGCUGGAGAGAUGGCUCUGAAUGACUAUUUUCGUGCCUGGCGUUGGACUUAGAAUGUUGCUUGUAGUAUUCCGCUUAACCAGCCAUUCAAUAAAUCGACGGUAAAUAACGGCUGCAAGAGCAGGCUUGCUGAUGGACAGUGUUCCGGGUUCCCGCACAUAUGCUGAUUCAAGAGUGCG